AUGGUGAAGGUGGAAUGGACAGUUGGGCCCCCAGACGCCCAGGACGCCUUUGUGGGCCGAUACAUUUGCAAGGAGCGAGCGAGCGAGCGAGCGAGAGAGAGAGAGAGAGAUAACCAGGCCCGCCUCUUCAGGAGGGGGCUGCCCCCAGGCCACGCCGAAUGCGGCUGGAGCGGGGAGGGGACUCAGCCAGUGCACGAGUGGGAGGUUGCAAGGAGGGGCGAGUUUGCGUCCCGCGGCUUCUCAAUUUCAGCAGGACAUCAGGAGGGAGACGAAGAGUCGGCUGCAGGCCGCGGCGGCCUACGUACAGGACUGCGGACACCAGGGGGCAGCACCGACCUAGGGUCGCAGGAGGGAGCCUGGCCCGGGUUCCUUGGACGGCAGAGCCGCCGGCACACGCGUGGCAGGAGGGCCUGUGCUGGGACGACGGCGAUACCUGCUGACGGCCUAGACUGUCGCCUCGGGCCCUCGCGUGUGGGGCGUCGGCUAAGCCGCACAGAUCCCAAGGCCCGAGGGACCUCAUUUCCUCUCGGGUUAAUCGGAAUCUUCCGAGCCCUCAAGCCCUUCCUCCUCCACUCCCCCGCCGCUGCUGUGGAGAACCGGAGCUACCGGUGUGGCCUGGCCCUGCCCUCCCGAAGGGCGCAGCUCCCGGGCCCGCCUCCCCAGCCUGCCUUCCUCCGCUCUGGGAAGGACCCAAAAUCCAGUCCCUCUUCCUCCCACUCCUUCGCUGUCCUUGGCCCCGAGGUGCGGAGCACCGGCGGUCAGGCGGGAUCCCGCAGGAGGCCGAGCGCUCCAUGCUCGCAGGACUGGGCGGCAGCGGAGGGAGCCCCCGCUCCGGGCUCCGGGUCUCCUGGGCACCCUCCCGGGAGCGCCUUCGUGGUGGAGGCUGGUCACCGGGCGCUGAAUGUGUCCGAGCACGCCCGGGGCGGUUUUGCACUUGGACUUCCUUUUGGGCUCUCCGGAGGCGCAUAUCUGUUCCUCCUAUUGGAUGGGGCCGGGGACCCCGAACCCACUCCGGAAGCACCGAUUUCCAGAGCUGACGGCCGCGCCUGGUUUCUCAGCGAGUCCUCUUGGCAGCUCCCGCAGCUCCCCGCCGGGAGCACGAGUGGGAGCGAACCCAGACCCCGCCCAGGCCCCGGGCCUCGGCAACUCCCCACAGGCCCACGAGAUGGCGCUGCAGGCCAGGGCCCGGGCCGCGGCCUCACAGCCCGCCUAGGGCGAGGGCGGGAGAUAGACUGCGGGCCCCGGCAAGCCGGGAACGGAGGCACAGCCACCGACACAUGCAGAGCCGGGUCCGGAGCCCGGCACAGGCCGCCGAGGGACCGAGGGACUCCGGGGCUGCGGACACACUGA